AUGGUGGCCCUAGACAAUGGGCGCGAAGGGCUCGGUCUCGCUCUCGGUGAACCGCGAUCCGACCAUCAGCAACAACAGCAGGAACAGCAGCAGCAGCAGCCGGCCAGCAACGACGACGCGACCAGCGCCGAGAGCCAUCUUCAACCACCAACACACAAUGUUGCCUUGAAGCACCGGCGAUCAUCAGGCCCGCCGCCGCCCAUUCUCACAUCGCUCACCGGCCAUGCCGGCGACCUGACAGCGUCCCCCAUGGUCGACUCGGCCCACACACCAUCGCACCGCAUCCCCCCUCCCCCUUCUCCACGGCGGCAUCGUAGCGGCGUCAUCAUGUCACGGGUGAGAGCACACUCUGGUGGGCCAGGCGCCAUGACGCCGAACAAGAGCUGGGGCGACUUGCAGGCCAUGGGCCUCAGCAUGACCGCCGCAAGCCCAGUUCUUGCACGGGCUCCGAGCUUUCACCGCAGUGCGUCGGCGGACAGUGUGCCUAGCGACGACGGCCGUGAAAGCAGGCCCACGUUGCACCCUCACCACCAGUACACCGACGAGCCACAUGUGGACAGCGAACACGGUGGUCACUAUGAUAACAGUGCACGCUUCUACCACCACAUUCACUCGCGAACAGGGUCUCCCACUCGCUCCAAUUUGAGUGCAUCGCCAACUGCACGUUCUCCAUCUCCAGGACGAGGCGGCUCGCCCAGCAACCUGUUACGGCGAAACCAGACGCUUCCUGCUGGAGCCACGACUCUGGCUCCCACAACGGCUCUGUCGGCAACGUCUUGCCUGUCUCCCAACUCGCUCUCUGCGUCCCUGUCCCCCAACUCGCGGUUCCUUCAGCAGCACCUUCCGCCCACGUUCCCCAACGCUCCUUUGCAAAGCAGCCCCGAAGUCGAGCGAGAGAACCCCUUGACGGGCCACCAUUCCAUGGUGAUUCUGACGCCGACAACCCAAGAGUGGCGAGAACUCAAGGAGGUUCGCCGGUUGACAGGGGACGACAUUGAGGAUCUGCCCGCCAGCGACAGUGAGAGCGGAUCGUCGAGGAGCAGCCGCUCCAGCGGGCGCUUCAGUGGCCGGUCGUCGACGGUGGGACCCCCGAAAGAGAUUGUCCUGCAAGAAGCAGAUGAAAAGGCCCAGUACGCCAAAGCGAGUCACGAAGCACCAACGGUCCCGACCACAACGAUCGACCCUGGCACCCCGCUGCAGACUACGUUUGACCAGGUGCUCAUCACACCUGCGCCAGUACCAUGGCCCGAGUCUGGCUCUGUCGACCCGGACCAACCACUGGAAAUGGGCGGCGUUGCCGGCGACCACGACGACAGCCAAGCUCACGAUCUCGGUGGCCUGCACCGGUUUAACAGCUUUGGCCGCCGCGAUUCCCUGCGACUGCGGUCUCGCCCUUCGCUUGAAGAGGAGGCUGCACGACCAAAGACCAAGCGCGAGCUGGAGCGUGAACGACUGUUCCGCAUGGUGGACCAGGAGAUUGCCGAGGGCAACCAGGACGAGUCGGGUGGCCUCCGAAGUUCAUGGGGUAUAGUGGAGAUUGGCAGCGGGAGCGGGCUCGACUCGCGGAGCUCAUUUUCGACCCCCGGUUUGACGUCUGGCACCGUGCAUGUGCCACCACCGCCGCCGCCGUCAGAGGUCCAGACACCCGAGACGUCACCAAAGUCCGAGUCGCCGACGUCUCCCAAGAUUGCCACCCCCAAAGACGAUGUCUUGCCCUUGUCACCCGAGGCCAAGAGUUCAAUUGCCAACGCACCCGUCCGCCCAUCGCCAUUACAUUCUGAGCCGCUCUCUGGGCCAUCGUCUGGGCCGUCGACGACCACUACAACACCUGCCCCGCGGACCAUGUCCCCCGAUGGCCAAGUGGGCAUGGUGACCUCGCCGAUACAGCUACAAGAGGUCAACCUGGGAUCGCCCGACGACGGGUCGCCCACCGAGUCGGCGUUCCCGCCGCCACCGCACACUGAGAACGAGCGGUUCGAGGCGAUAAGGACGUACUCGCGGUCGAUGUCUUCGCGUUCCCGCGCCCCGUCCCGCCGGGGCUCGCUGGACGUCGAGGUGCCCUCACCACCCCGGUCGCCGCGUCGACGCACGACCAACCGUAUCUCGCUGGUGGCGGGGCGCGUGGUCCAGCCCCCGACGUAUCCCGGUCUCAGCCCCUUAUCGCCAGUGUUUAAAGACGGUGUUGGUGCAGGCGGGUCCGGUGGCGCGGCGCCCAAAAACGUCAAUUUGCUGCAGAGCUUUUCGCCGUUCCGGAGCCCCAGCCUGCUGGCGCAGCGCGCGCUGACACCGCUGUCUGGCUCGGGCAUGGAGCACACGUUCAGCAACGCGCCCAGCAUGGGCGUGCCCAGCCCCAGCGCGACGCCGUCGCCGACCAACGAGCCCGAGCCGGCUGCCGGUGGCGGUAUUGGCGGGCACGGCAUUGACGACUAUGUGAUCCUCAAGGAGGCCGGCAAGGGCGCAUACGGCCUGGUGAUGCGCGCAAAAGUCAGGGGCGCCAAUGGCCAGCCCGUGGGUGACGAUGUGAUUAUAAAGUACAUUAUCAAGUCGCGAAUCCUGGCCGACUGCUGGAAAAAGCACAAGGUGCUGGGCCCCAUCCCUGUGGAGAUCCACGUCAUGGACCAACUGCGCCACCUCAUUUACAACCGACCGCCCAAGCCGCACCCGUGGGACCCAUUCCGUCACCAUGCAGGCGAGGAGGAUGGCAGUGCCAACGGGACGGUGGAGCCGUACUCGACGCCGAUGCCGUCUGCGCCUGCGUCUGACCCGGUGUCGCGGUCCAGCACGGGCGGAUACUCUGCCCCAGGAGGCGUCCCCGGCGGCUCGUCUGGCGCGACGACGUCGUCCGUCCUUACACCCCGGUCUGUGACUCCCGCGCGCACCGACAGCGGUGCCAGCGGCGCGAGCUCGUCCACCACCAACCCGACGCAGCGGUACCUGGCCUCUGAGAUCAAGCACUUGCCCGAACGGGGCCACCCGAACAUUUGCAAGCUGCUCGACUUUUUCGAGGACCGCGAGUUCUACUACCUCGUGAUGCCGUGCUACGGUACGGGAGUGGACCUGUUUGACCGCGUCGAGUCGCAGCCUGCGGGGCUGGAGCCGUUCGAGGUGCGCUCGCUCGUGGGCCAGCUCACCGACUCUGUGCGGUUCCUGCACGCCAACGGCAUUGUGCACCGCGACAUCAAGGAUGAAAACGUCAUUCUCGACGGCGACGGCCGGUGCCAGCUCAUCGACUUUGGGUCGGCGGCCCACUGGCGCCCCGGAAAGCGCUGGGACACGUUCUCGGGCACCUUGCACUAUGCGUCGCCCGAGAUCCUGCGCGGCGAGAUGUACGGCGGCAAAGAGCAGGACGUGUGGGCGCUGGGGACGGUCGCGUACGUGCUGCUCGUGGGGGAGACGCCGUUCGCCGACCUGCCCGACGAGGUGCUCGUGGGGCUCGCGCCCGGAUCGCGCGCCGAGGAGGCGCUCGACGCGCGGUGUGGCGGCCCGCACGCGAUGGAGGGGCUCGAACCCGACGGCGGCGGCGCGCUGGGCGACGCGGCGGAUUUCGUCCGUCGCUGUCUCGAGCAGGAGCAGGGCGACAGGCCCACGGCCGAGCAGCUGCUCGCACACCGCUACCUCGCUGGCAACGGCGGGUGGGCCGGCCGCAAGGGGUGGGUGGGGAGCAAGUAG